UUACGCGAAGAAGAAGAAGACGCAGUCAUAUGAGACAGAAAGUAAACCAAACAGGACAAUUGCAGAUAACUGCAUAUUUUUAUUUUGAAUUAAACAUAAAUAAUUAUAUUUUCGUACAUAGGUCAACAAACAUUUGAGGUGAAACAGCAUGAAAGGUUUAUUUUGCCAAAUCGACCGGAGCGAACUGAAAUUCUUUACUCAGGAAACGACUCUUCCAGAAGUCUUAGGCAGCCAUGACGUCAGAGUUCAAGUGAAGGCGUGCGGCCUCAGCCCUGUUGACCUCAAGUUCCUGGAGGACGUGGGCAUGCAGAGGAGUUUGAUCCCUGUGGGCAGGGAAGUGGCGGGCGUUGUCCAACAAGUGGGUCCAAAGGUCUCCUUCUUCCAGCCAGACGACGAGGUUGUGGGCAUUCUUCCUCUGGACUCCACCUGGUCCGGCCUGUGCGACGUCCUUGAUGUCGAUGAACAACAUCUCGUGGAGAAGCCGGAGAAGCUCAGCUUCGUGGACGCCGCCGCAGCGCUGCAGGACGGUCUGCGCGCGUACAGCGCCCUGCACACUCACGCCCGCAUGGCGGCCGGACACACGCUCCUGGUCCUGGACGGCGCCAGCUCCUUGGGCUUGAUGUGCAUCCAGCUGGCGUGUUAUCACGGCGUGAAGGUGCUGACCACCGCACACUCGCAGCAGCAGCACACCUUCUUGGAGCAGCUACGCCCCGCUGUCGCUCGAGUGAUUCCGGUUUAUAAAAACUGGUCAGACCUGCUCCCGGCGGUCCUGGAGGAAACCGGAGGACUGGGAGUGGACGUGGCGGUCGACUCCGGAGUACGUUUGCAGGAAAAGGAAGAGCCAGAGGAGAGUAGGCUCCUCCCACACAAGCAUGACAUCAUCAGUGUGCUGGCAGUGGGGGGGCGCUGGGUGACGUCCCACCAAGACCUGCAACUGGACCCGCCUGAUUGCAGACUAAUGUUCCUGAAGUCAGCGUCCCUCUCCUUCCUCAACCCCGAAGCGUGGGUGGCGGCGGGGGCCCAGCAGGGGCGAUACCUGCAUAUCCUGAGGGACAUGAUGGAGAAGAUGUCAGCAGGAGUUCUCAGACCUCAAGCCGAGGCGGCGGUGUCUGUCCAGGAAGCCCUGGUUGCCAUGGAGAACGUGCAGCUCCAGCGCAGGAAAAAGGCCGUGGUUCAACUGUGAAGACAUGACGCUUUGUGUGGACCUUCUUGACAUUCUGAUGAAGACACAAUUUAUAUUCCAUGCAGAUUUACAAGAGACAACUUCUUAGUACACUUCAUAGUUCUCACACACAAAUACAGUGCAUCACUUUUUCCACAUGUUCUUACAAAAUGGAAUCAAUUCAUUUUCCUCCUCAAAAUUCUACACACAAUACCCCAUAAUGACAAUGUGAAUUUUUUUUGCCAAUUUAUUAAA